CAUCUUUUCGUACCUAUUUUAAUUAAUUCUUUGAUGAAAUGUGUAAUUUAAAGUUCAAUAAUAUUGUAAUCAUUUAAUGCAACAAUCUUGAAACUGUGUCUUUACGAAAAUGUGCCAUUGCAAAGAUGAAUUAACGGUAGUUAAUAUAUAUCUAUAUAUGUUACCUUUUUUAUUAGUAUCUAUGUUUUGAAGUGGUUUCAUCAAAAACAAACAAUCGAUAAUAGUGUUAAUGAUUUUUUCUUAGCCUUUUCUCAGUAAACUAUACAAUGUUGGGGGAUGAAGUUGAGAAGAGACACGACCCGCCCGGUGUCAACUCUCGCUCUCUGAGUGUAGCUCAUACUGCUGCGGACCUUGAGGUGCUACGUGAAAUAGAGAAUGUCUACUUCUCAUCACCUUCAGAGUUUGAUGCAGCGCGAUAUGUGCUGUCACACGCGCCGUCACCACCCACGUGCGAGGCUGUUGAACUUAUGUUCACCAAGUUGAAGCGACAACAACAGGUAGUUUCUGGUAAAGCUCUACAUUUAAUAUCACAACAAAGAGAUAAUUGUGACAGAGAAUUUGCUGAAAUUCAAAACAUAAGGCAACAGUUAACCGUAACAUUAGAAAUAUGUCGUAAAGCGAGAGAAAAUUUAUCAAUAGCAUCGAAUAAUCUUACUAUAUCAACAUUUAUAAUAUUAGCUAAUGUUAGAAAGAGGCAAAUUAUAAAAACAGUGUUAAAAUCUUUGGAUUUAUUGCAAAAUUUAAAAUGUGUGGAGAAAAAUGUUGAAGAUUUAUUAAAUAAAAAUGAAUAUUAUUCAGCAAUAGAAUUGAUAAUUAAAAGUCGUAAAGCAGCUUCAAAUCAUAAAGAAUUUACAUGUAUUAAAGAUUUAUAUAUCAGAUUAAAUGAUACUUUAUAUAUGACUGAAGAGAAAUUAGAUGCAAUAUUAGCUAAUAUAUGUUAUAAUUUUGAUGAUAAUAUAUUUAUUAAAUUAAAAAAAGCAUACGACCUUUUAGGUAAAACACAAGCUGCAAUGGAACAGUUGCAUAUGCAUUACUCAUCGGCUGUUAAUGAAACAUCCAUAAAAUCAUUUGAACAUUAUAUAAAUGAUGGUAAUUUAAAAUUUCAAGAUAUAUGUAAACAUAUAAAUCCAAAUAAAGCACCUUAUUGUUUGUUAAAUUUAUGCGAGAAUUUAUUUAAGAUUAUGCGAAGUUAUUAUUUAUUAGUCGAUUGGCAUAAUAAAUACGAUAUAGAUGAUAAAUCAAGUAAUGUGUUUGAUAUUGAAAAGAAUGUAAGCAAAGAAUAUAUAAGGCAGAAAUUAAAAGGUGGAUUAAUAAGAAUAUGGCAUGACGUACAAGCUAAAGUGUCGACAUUUUUAAAAAACACCCCCCUAGAAGAUUAUCCGUUUGAAAAAUUUAUACAAAUCUUAGGUGUAUUAAGAAAAUUAACACAAAUCGCUGAAAUAUUUUGCGGUGAUAAAUCUGAUAUAUUAAAAGAUUUUAUAAAAACACAAAGCGUUAUAUAUAUAAAAAAUUAUCAUAAAGGUAGAAUGGAUGAAUUGAAAUUAUUCUUAGAGAACGAAGGAUGGGAACAAUGUCCUGUUAAAUCGACAUUUAAUAUAUUAAAUCUACAAGAAUUUAAACAAUUCAAAAAGUAUAUAAAUCCUAAAUUAGAUAAAUAUAUAAAUAAAACGGGAACACAGUCGGAUGCAACAUCAUCUGUACAUUCACAAGACGAUAGUAUAUAUAUUUCAAAAUAUUUCAAAAAUAAAACAAAGGAUACACCUUUCGAUAUAUUUCGUGAUGAUAAUAUCACUAACGAUGAUAUAUUCGGUAUUGAAACUGAAUUAGAACAGAGUGAUUCAGAUGAUGAACCCGAUGAAUUAAAAAGUGAUUACAUUGAUGAUGAUAAAGAGAUAUAUGAUAAAAUAACAAAUUGUAAAGAUAAUAUCAUUGUAACUAAUACAACGUUAGCUGUAUUAAGAAAUUGUGGACAAUAUUUACAAAUAUGUAGAUAUUUACCUCAAAUAUCAUUAGAUGUGAUUAUGUUAAUGUACCAAUUAUUUGAUUAUUAUAUGUAUACUGUACAUUUAUUUUUUACAUCAGAUUUAGAAGUAGCUUCCUCAACUCUGUAUACACCAAAAUUAACAUCUACUCUUAAACGUAUAACAAAUAAUAUAAAUACAGAACAAGAUGAAAAUAAAUACAUUUUAUCACCGGAAUUACCACAACAUUUGGAUAUGAAUACAGAAUCAACAUUACAUGGGUUAAGUGAAAGAAUUGUUGCCGUUGAAAGUGUCAUAUUUUUAGCUAAACAAUAUGAAUGUUUACAUUCUUAUUUAAAUAUAUUAGUAAUACAACAUCAGAGAAUGAUUCUAGAACAUUUUAAAGAUAAUAAUUUAGCCGUUGCUGUAGAUUUACGUAUGCCAGUUUAUAUGUGUUCAGCGGCUAAAGCUGUUGAUGCACGGACAUCUUUAAUAGCAAUGUCUCAAGUUAAAUGGGAUGUUAAAAACGUAGCAGUGGAACACAGCCCUUACGUUGAUAUGAUUGUUAGGAAUAUCCAAGUAUUCGCGUUACGUUUAGAAAAUAUUUCAAAUAAAGUUUCUUUAAAUCGUGAUGUACUAAAUGCUAUAUGGAGUAUGGUUUCGAAAUUUAUAGUACAUUUAUUAGUUGAAGGUUUUUCUAAUGCUACAAAAUGUACGAAUGGUGGUAGAGGUCUUAUGCAAUUGGAUUAUAGACAGUUGUUUGUUAAAUUAGAGAAAAUAUCAGGUUUAAAGCCGAUACCUUAUCAGGAUUAUGUAGAUAGAUAUGUAAAAGCUUAUUACUUACCGAGGAAAGGUCUUGAAGAGUUUAUACAAGAGAGAUUAGAGUAUUCUAAUAAACAUUUAUUAACGUUAGUUACUUGCGCGUGCGAGAACAAACGAGAUAGACAAGCUUUGACAGCUCUUAUAGAAGGAAGAGAACUAUCUUAAUAACACUGCACUUAUUAAUAAAUUAAAUUAAAGAAAUUAUCUAUAUAUUUUUUCCUUAUUUCAUUAUACUUUUAAAAACAACAAUUAACUUUUAAAUCUGAAGACGUAAUAAAAUUCCCGCUCUUUUAUAUGUCAAGUGUUUGAAAAUUUUGCAUAGAUUAUAGAUAGAAUAGUUUUUAUGAUCUUUGAUUUAAAAAAUCAUGCAUUAUAAU